AUUUACACGCAUGCCUACACGCGGUACCGCUGUGUCAUUCCCUGAUAGGGAGGAGCAUGCGAUAUGUCGGUGCCGGAUGACGAAUGUGUCGGAUGAUGACGGUGAUAAUAACCCCGCACUUCCGUUCCUCUCACCCGACAGAUCAACAAGCCCUUCAUGGAGAAGAGGCGACGGGCGCGGAUCAACAACUGUUUGAAUCAGUUGAAGGCCAUCCUCAUCGACUCCAUGAGGAAGGACGCUCCGCAGCACUCGAAGCUGGAAAAGGCAGACAUCUUGGAAAUGACAGUCCGAUACGUGAGCGCGUUGCAGCGCCAGCGCCUCAUGCUGGACCCGACGGCCGUCUCGAAAUUCCGCGCCGGCUUUUCUCAAUGCAUCGGCGAAGUGGAGCGAUGCCUCGGCCGGAUGGAGCGAGAGGAAUCGCUCGGAUGCGACCGGGACUUGAAGUCCCGCCUCGUGACCCAUCUGCACCAGCGACUCAGGUUGCUGCCGACCUCGGACGACUUCCGACCCGGUUUUCCCUGGACGUUUCCCCCGCCGUCGAUCUCGGAGCCGCCGAUGCCGGUCUCGUUUGGGGAUCCGGCGGUCUUCUCGAAUGCCGUCCAGCCGGCUUUUUUCUGGGACAAACCCGAGCCUCCCGCGACGGUGCAAGAGGCCGGAAACGUCACGGACGACGGGGACUCGUCCGCACGUGCACGUGGACCUGCUGGCACGGACGAUCGCGUUUGGCGGCCCUGGUGACACGUGCAUGCCCCCCCUAUUGUGAUACGUCCCCACGUCGACGGUGAUAAAACCACAUGAUGGAAGUCUAUUGAAAAUAAAAGAAAUUUGUUUGUUGGCAUGAACCUGUCUAGACGGGCU